AUGGAGACGGAAUGCGACCCCGAGGGGCAAAACCGGAGCCUAAUGGAGGCUUUUGACCACAUCUACGCUGCGUUUUGGGAGCGGAUCAGACUCCGCGCAGAAAUGGCAGCAGCCCUCUCCUCACAGAUGGCAGACACAGCCACUCCUAAGCAUGGCACGCUAGAGGGGAACGGUGAACCCCCUAAACAGCAGCCACACUCAUUUGGCCGUCCGGUGCUGAAAAUCGGGGGAAAACGGGGCCCACAGCGCAAACGACGCAUCAGCACCCUACAGAGGAGUCAGAAGAGGCGCCCGCGAUCUUUAACACGGAAGGGCUGCUCCACACACAGGCAUGGCGCCCCAACAUCCCAGGGACCGGCACUCAGACUCAACUGCCUCUCCAUAACGGCUGACGGAGUCACCCCUCACCUACCCAGCUGGAGCACAAGGAGGCGACCGUUCUCCAACCUAAACGCAAUGCCUGCGAUCUCCCUGCACUCACAGGCUCACCAACCUCCACACUGGCGCGAAAACCCGAUCGACAUGUGGCAGGACUGGCUUGCACCUCCUGAAGGCAUAGGCUGGUAA